AUGCUUCUCAAAUGUAUCACCUUGACGGCCCUUGCGGCCACUCCAACCCUUGCUCAAACUGUGCACAGCGUCCUGGUAUUCACCAGACAUGGCGACCGUACAGCUAAGUACUACCCGGGAUACCACAUGACCAACCUCGGCGCCAACCAGUUAUACUCGUCUGGUGGUUUCUAUCGCCAGCGUUACGUGGACGAGGGCGCGCCGUCCAGGGUUGCCGGCAUCUCUGCGGACGAGGUUAUCCCAAGCCAGAUUUGGGCAAGUGCUCCGGACCAAGCAAUCCUGUAUCAAACAGCGACCAACUUCCUCCAAGGGCUGUACCCUCCGCUAGGCGAGCUCAACUCAACUCUUGCGACCGAAGAAUUGGCCAACGGCACAUCCUCGCAAGCCCCGCUCAAUGGAUAUCAAUUCAUCUUGGUUCAUGGAGAAGGUGACACCGAUCCAGACACCAUCUGGCUGAAGGGAGAUGAGGCUUGCCCUGCAUACGACACAGCUUCCAAGUCGUACAGGCAGAGCGAGGAAUAUCAGAGAACGCUUUCGCAAUCGGCUGACUUCUAUUCCCGCUUCACACCUCUCCUAGCCAACAUCAUGGGAGCCGAAAAUGUCAGCUACUCGCAUGGGUUUGACGUGUUUGAUCUUCUCAACGUCGCCGCAAUUCACAACGCAUCCAUAGCUUCAGGGAUCGAGCCCGAAGACCUCGACCAACUUCGCUACCUGGCAAACGAACGGGAAUGGAACCACAACUACAACGCCACUCAGCCCGAUCGCUCCAUUGGUGGUAUGGCCUUGGCCGGUGGCUUUCUGCGCCAGCUCAGAAGCGUUGUCGACAGUCAGGCCAAGACCAAAUUCAGCCUGAUGGCCGGCUCCUACGACACAUUUCUGGCCUUCUUCGGCUUGACCAACCUUACAGCCGCGAGUUCAGACUUCCAAGGACUUCCCAACUACGCCGCCAGCAUGGCGCUGGAGCUUUAUACCGAUGAUAGCAAUGCGCAAUUUCCGGCCACCCCCGAACAGGAUCUGAUGGUCCGAUUCUUGUUCCGCAACGGCACCGACGAAGGUGACGGCCUGGACGCGUAUCCCCUCUUCGGUGGAUCCGAGGAGUCAAUGCCGUAUGGCAGAUUCGUCGAAGCGCUCGGCAGCCGAUCGAUCCACACUCUGGCUGACUGGUGCACAACCUGUCAAUCGGAGCAAGCGUUCUGCGCUACUGCCACUCGGAGUGAUGCGGCAGCAGGCUCAGCCUCCAACGAACCAGGCUCCUCCGGCUUGUCCGACGGCGCAGCUGGCGCCAUCGGUGCAGUCGUGGCCCUGGCUGUUGUUGCGAUCCUCGGCGGUGCCGCCUUUCUGAUAUUGCGUCGCAAGACUCACAGGUCUGAUGCUGCACUGACUCGACGCCCGGCACUCGAGAAGCGGCUGAGCGACAGCGAAAGAAGCGACUCCGUCUAG